UAGUGAGAGAUAAUUAGUUGACAAAGUGCUACCUAGUACUCACUCUUGUUAUACAUUGCAAAAUUGCGUUGUGGGAAAAAGAUUGGAACGAAACUAUUCACUGCAUUUUGUGAUUUUAUUUUGUUAAUAACCUAACAGACGUUAUGUAUCAUUAAGACGACACAUUUAUAAAUUACAUUACGAUAGGCAAUAUAGACAGACUUUUUGUUUUAAAUACUACUGCGACGAAAGUCUAUUCAAUAUUUUUGGACAUUAUAACAUACUUUAUUAACAAUAGGCAGUGAGCGCGUGUAGAUUAAUUUAGCCAAUGGAGUUGUAUGGAGCCCUAAUGUACAGUUUGUUCGUAAUCUCUGAAGAAUGGAGAUUUUUCAUAUUGAUAAGCACAGUGAUAGCUUUAUAUUUUUACUAUACGAGCACCUUCGAUCAUUUCGAAAAGAAAGGUAUUCCAUUUAUGAAACCAGUUAUUUUGUUUGGAAAUUUGGGACCAAGAUUUAAAGCAAAAAAAUCUUUUCAUCAGUAUCAAUUAGAUAUUUACCAAUAUUUUAAAGGACAUCCAUACGGUGGCAUUUUCGAGGGUAGAAAACCGGUUUUAUACAUCUUAGACCCGGACCUUCUGAAAGCGAUUGUUGUACGAGACUUCGAACACUUUACUGAUCGUAUGAUUCUAAAUUCCAAGGAGCCAGUUUAUGCGAGAAGAUUCCUUUUGAAUUUAAAGGGAUCAGAAUGGAAGGGCGUCAGGAGUACCCUCACGCCAGCAUUCAGCUCGGCACGCUUAAGAAACAUGCUUCCACUUAUAGAACAAUGCUCAAAGCAAAUGGUGGAUUUUCUAAGACAAUAUGAUUCACAAGAGGUAGAAAUGAAAGAAACUAUGGGUCAUUUUACUUUAGAAGUUAUUGGAGCCUGCGCGUUUGGGAUCGAAUGCGACGCUUUAAAUAGCGAAAGGUCACAUUUCCUUCGAGUAGCCGAAAAAUUCGAUUACAUGCCGAAAUAUAAAAGAAUGUUCCUGUUAUCAAUCUUACUUUUUAUGCCAAAACUGCUACCUUACUUGAACUUAUCGUUCUUAAAUACAGAAUCUACAGAUGAAUUAGUGAGGAUGUUAAAAGCAGCGAAAGCCGAAAGAAAAGCAGCUGGUUCUAAGAGCAAAGAUUUCCUACAAAUACUCGUGGACUUCGCAAAAAAAGAAACACCCGAGAUGGAGAAUGGAAAAACUAAAAUAGAAUUAGACGACGACACCAUAGACGCUCAGUGUUUGCUAUUUCUAAUCGCUGGAUAUGAAACAUCCAGUAGUUUGUUGUCAUUCGCCCUUCACGCGCUAGCGACUAAACCAGACAUACAAGACAAAUUGCGUCACCACAUCAACGAAGUCACAGAAGGGAAAGAGAUCACUUACGAGCUGCUUUCACAAUUGCCGUACCUUGAAGGAUUUUUAUUAGAAACAUUACGGAUUCAUCCGCCCGUGGCUAGGAUUGACAGAGUGUGCACAAAACCUUACACACUGCCGGGGACAUCGAUAACACUUAACGUAGGCGAUUCCGUUGCAAUACCACUAUAUGGUUACCACAUGGAUCCAAAUAUAUAUCCCGACCCGCAUGAGUUUAUGCCCGAGAGGUUUAUGAAUAACAAUAAAUCUGAGCGACCGUCUCACUUGUUUUUGGCCUUUGGCGCUGGCCCAAGGAACUGCAUCGGUUUACGAUUUGCAAUGCUUUCAGCAAAGGCAGCUAUGAUUGCCCUUAUGAAGAACUUUAGAUUCUCAGCAUGUCCUAAAACCGUGGAUCCAAUAAAGUUGAACACGAGAUCAAUACUGAUCAAAGCAGAAACAGGGUUAUGGGUUCGCAUCGAAUCACUGUAGACAUUGUUUUAAAAAUCAUUUAUGAACUUAGCAUAUAUAAGGAAAGGUAGAGAUUAAAAAUAACUCGUAGGUAGCUAACUCGCCUCAUUAAUCCAUAAUUAUUUAGGCUGUGACCCACGACGUCAUCGGUUUAUCUCAAGUCUGUGAACGUUUGCCAGUAAUAGUUCAAGCGGAGCUGAUGAGUACAAGGUGAAUCUAAAACACGGAUAAUUCCUUUUUUGAGACGGGUAAAUAGAAUAUUGUGUUGACUCAAAAUGGAAGUGCGAUAAGCAGAGAAUAUGAUGUCUAAUGUCAUAUUAUUUAAUAUGCGAAUGGAAAGUAUUUUCAAGUACAAAUAAUACAUAUAAUAAACCCUGAUGAUGUUUCAAAAUAAUAGUUUGACUAAAUAUAAUCAGUCAUAUCUUGCCAUAUACAACUAUAGGUAAAGAAUAAUUUAUAAUAGUUUAUUAUAUUUUAUAAUUUUGUUCAUUGUUGAUAAAAGGUUAGACAUUAUUGUUUUAUAUAUAGUAAAACUUAAAUAAAAUUGUUUAGUUUUACAAAGUUUAAAGGAAUUUAUGUGUAAACUUGAGAAUAUUUUUUUAUUAAAAUAUUAUUUCUGUGAACAUAUAUGUUAUAGUUAAAGGAAAUUAUCCUUAAAUUUUUGUGGGUGUUAAAAAUUGCCAUACCUUUCAUCAUGAAUUUAUUUGCUGCUAUUUUUUAUUAUAGAUCAUAGACAUAAAUGUUAACUUUUGUUUAAAUAUUUGUGAGAUAUUAUUGCUAGAUUAAUAUAUUAUACCACUUUUGACCUCUCAAACUUUUAAUUUAGUGUUGUUGCUAUUAUAUACAUGGUGUAUACUGGUGUAUAUCACUACCAAGUGAUAAGGUAUUCUUGCCAAUGGUUUAUGUAGAUUUAUAAUAUAUUUAAAUAAAGGGAUAUUGUUACAAA